AUGGCAUUCCGGAGAGCCUUUUCCUCUUCUUCUAAAUUCCGCCAUGCGUCUCCCGGAAAUCUCAAUCUCAAUGCCGGAGACCCCACUCUCUCUCACCAUGCUGAACACCGCAAAUUUGAAGAGCUCGUUGAAGUUUUGUGUCAGCAGAAGCGCCUCAAGGAAGCCGUUGAUUUCCUCCAUCGCAUUCACCAACCCUCUCCUCGUAUCUACUCCACUCUCAUUGCUGCUUGUGUUCGCCAUCGAUCACUUGAAUUGGGUAGGAGGGUCCAUGCCCACACCAAAGCUUCUAACUUCAUUCCUGGCAUUGUCAUUUCCAAUCGUUUGCUUCAUAUGUAUUCCAAAUGUGGGAGUCUCAUUGAUGCCCAGACGGUGUUUGAUCAAAUGCCACAAAAGGAUUUGUGUUCUUGGAAUACCAUGAUAUCAGGUUAUGCUAAUAUUGGUCGUCUUGAACAAGCUAGGAAACUGUUUGAUAAAAUGCCUCAAAGAGAUAACUUCUCUUGGAAUGCUGUUAUUUCUGGUUAUGUUAGCUGUGAUCGACACAGGGAAGCUCUGGAUUUGUUUAGAAUAAUGCAGGUGAAUGAGAGUUCUAACUCUAAUAUGUUUACCUUGUCUAGUGCUUUGGCAGCAGCAGCUGCUAUACCGAGUUUGCGUCUUGGGAAGGAAAUUCAUGGUUACUUGAUAAGGACUGAGUUGAACUUGGAUGAGGUGGUUUGGACUGCACUUUUGGACUUGUAUGGUAAGUGUGGGAGCUUAGAUGAAGCUAGGGGUAUUUUUUAUCAGAUGGCUGAUAGAGAUGUUGUUUCAUGGACUACCAUGAUUCAUAGAUGCUUUGAAGAUGGAAGAAAGAAAGAGGGAUUUUCCUUGUUUAGAGAUUUGAUGGGCUCAGCUGUUAGACCAAAUGAGUAUACGUUUGCUGGUGUUUUAAAUGCAUGUGCCGAUCUUGCUGCGGAACGUGUGGGAAAGGAGGUUCACGGAUACAUGACAAGGGUAGGGUACGACCCGUGUUCGUUUGCUGCGAGUGCUCUUGUCCAUGUGUACUCUAAGUGUGGGAACACUGAAAUUGCAAGAAGGGUGUUUAACCAGAUGCCUUACCGAGAUUUGGUGUCAUGGACUUCUCUAAUUGUUGGGUAUGCUCAGAAUGGUCAACCCGACAUGGCUCUUCAUUAUUUUGAAAUGCUACUUCAAUCAGGUAGAAAGCCUGACGGAAUUACCUUUGUUGGGGUUCUUUCUGCAUGCACUCAUGCUGGAUUAGUAGAUAAAGGAUUGGAGUAUUUCCAUUCAGUGAAGGAGAAACAUGGAUUGGAGCAUACUGCAGAUCAUUAUGCAUGUGUUAUUGAUUUAUUGGCACGAUCUGGACGAUUCAAUGAAGUAGAGAAUAUUAUUGAUAGCAUGCCCAUGAAGCCUGAUAAAUUUCUCUGGGCAUCCUUACUUGGGGGAUGUAGAAUACAUGGGAACCUUGAAAUAGCUGAAAGAGCAGCAAAAGCAUUAUUUGAGAUAGAACCAGAGAAUCCAGCUACCUAUAUCACCCUAGCUAAUAUUUAUGCUAAUGCUGGUAUGUGGACUGAGGUAGCCAAGGUUAGAAAGGAUAUGGACAAUAAGGGAAUAGUAAAGAAGCCAGGUAAGAGCUGGAUUGAAAUCAAAAGACAAGUGCAUGUGUUCUUAGUAGGCGAUACAUCUCACCCCAAAAUAAGUGAUAUACAUGAUUUCUUAGGAGAGCUCUCAAAGAAAAUGAAGGAAGAAGGCUAUGUUCCAGACACAAACUUUGUGCUACAUGAUGUGGAGGAAGAGCAAAAAGAGCAAAACAUUUCUUACCACAGUGAGAGGCUUGCUGUUGCCUUUGGAAUAAUGUCAACUCCACCAGGAACUGCAAUCAAGGUUUUUAAAAAUUUAAGAACUUGUGUAGACUGUCACACUGCAAUGAAAUAUAUCUCAAAGAUUGUUCAAAGAAAAAUAAUAGUGAGAGAUUCAAAUAGGUUUCAUUGUUUUGAGAACGGAAGUUGCUCGUGCAAAGACUAUUGGUAG